AUGUUUUUUUUCUUGUUUUUUUCUAGGGAGAUUCCAGAGCCCAGUUCCUCUUCUCAAGAUACUGGAGGAUUUCUAUCCGUAGAAGACUUAGGAGCAAGAUUUCAGUUUUGUAUUGCUGCUGUAGAGGAUCUGGAAAGGGAACGUGAUGAACUCAUAAGUGAACUCACCUUGCUUCGGGAGCCUUCUUUAGAGGCUGUACAGAGGGCACAUGAGGAAAUAGUUCAGGCUUUUGCUCAACGUUCCCGUGUUGAGCUUGAGAGGGACACUCUAAGGGAAGAAAUAAGGGGAAUACGCCAUAGGCUCUUCCGUGUGACCAAGGAAUGCGUGGCUUGUCAAUACCAACUCGAAAAUCGCCAACAAGAGUUAGUUCAGAGAAAAGCAGAAAGAGAAGAGCUAGAGGUUCUUGCAGCCCGUUUGACAGAUGAGCUUACCCAACUUCGGAACACCUUUACACAGCAAAGAGAGGGAGAAGAGCUACGCCUUAGAGCUCCACACACCAGGCAGGUCUCACGUGACAUUCAAGAGAGAAGGAGAUUGUCUGCAGAUCUACAAAGUUUGACUGACGAAAAACACAAUUCUCUACAAGAUGAGUAUGGACCUAAACUGCUACAACUGUUGGAGCGUGUUGAAAAGGGAGCACAAGCUGUCAAAGAUACACAAGACGAAUUGCUGAGAAUGAGAGAACAGAUCAGACCACUGCAAGGGGAGGCAUGUUAUCUGCAGGCACAGAAAUACAACCUACAGGAGCAAAUUCUUCUCAUGAAAAAAAAGCGGGGAGAGGAAGCACUGCUCUAUAGGGUAAGAAUACAAGAGAAAACAUUGAAGACGUUACUGAUACUACCUUAA